AUGACGUCGGGUCUCUUUAGAGCUGACUACUCGCUGGUGAUGCUUGUCCCCGUGGUGGCUGGGAGAGUGAACCUAGCGACGGUGUCUGCGGGCGCGGUCAUGGCGUGGUCGUCGCCGGCGCUCCCGCUGCUGCCGGGGCUGGGCGGCGCGCAGGCCUCGUGGGUGGGGUCUCUGCCGUCGCUGGGGGCGGCGCUGGGCCCCUGGCUGGGCGGCUGGGCGGCGGACCGCGCGGGCCGCCGCACCGCGGCGCUGCUGUCGGCGCUGCCGCUCGCCGCCUCGUGGGUGGCGCUUCUCUUCGUCCGGCAGCGGCCGCUCUGGCUGUGCGCCGUGCGCUUCUUCUCCGGCAUCGGCGUCGGGCUCGUCUACGCCGUGCUGCCCAUCUACUCUGCGGAGAUCGCACAGGCAGACGUCAGAGGGGCCUUAGGCUCACUGAUGCAGACGUCGAUAACGGUGGGCUUCAUGAUCGACUACUGCGCCGGGCCGUUCGUGUCGUACACGACGCUGGCAGCCAUCGGGCUGGCGACGCCCCUCUUGUUCGUGGCGUGCUUCGUCUGGAUGCCGGAGUCGCCCUACUACCUGCUGGCUGUCGGGGAGGAAGCCGCGGCGGAGCGAGCCCUGCGCUGGUUACGCGACGUCAAUCGAGACGUCAUCUUCGAGCUCCGUGAGAUAAAGAAAGCCGUGGAAGAGUCUCGGCUGUCGGAGGGCUCGCUGCUGGCUGUAUUCCGGACGCGGCGGUCGCGCCGCGCGCUGGCCAUCUCGCUGGGCGUGGUCUGCGCCGAGCAGCUGGCGGGCAUCAACGCGGUGCUCUUCUACACGCAGAGCAUCUUCGACGCCGCUGGAGGCGACGUGGACAGCCGGGUGGCGCCCAUCAUCGUCAGUGGCGUCAUGCUGCUCGUGUCGUGCCUGGUGCCCUUCCUGGUGGACCGCCUGGGCCGCAAGUUCCUGCUCAUCUUCUCCUCCACGGGCAUGUCUCUCGCCCUGGCAGUUUUUGGGGCUUUCUUCUACCUCAGCGAAGCGGGCCACAACACGGAGGACAUCGGCUGGCUUCCGCUGACUGCCCUUGUUUUUUACAUCUUCGUCUAUACUCCAGGCUACGGAGGACUGCCUUUCACCGUAGCGGGUGAAGUGUUCGCUCCGAAUUUGAAGGCCGUCGCAAUGCCGAUGGCUGCCUUCGUGUCGUGGUUCAUGUCCUUCCUGGUCACCAGAUUUUUCGGAGACAUCACAGAUGCCCUUGGAAACUACGGAGCGUUCUUCGUGUUCUCGUUAUGUGCUCUGCUCGCAUCACUCUACGUUUACUUCUUUGUUCCAGAAACAAAUGGGAAAACGUUAGAGGAAAUACAGAUAAUGCUCGAGAAUGGAUAG